AUGAUGACAACCAAGACGAGGAUCGUUCAAGAAGUAGAGGAUCAUCCAAAUUCUAAAGAAAUCAACAAGACGAAGGAAGUAAGCCCUUCCGUUUCAACCAUGAGUAAGAAUCACAACGACAACGACAACAACAAUGACAAUAACCAAACGCAUCAUCAUCAUGACACGUCCUCCUCUUUAUCAUGCUCUUCACCUGAAUGUAUACCCUCCUCCUACUCGCCGAAUACGAAAACUCGAAAAUUACGAGCAAGAACCAAGGAAUCGAGUGUGUAUGCGUUUCGUUUUAUGAAAUCCUCCUUGAAUCCUCGAGGAGGGUUGGACAAUGAAGAAGAAAACAGCAUGCAUGCAAGUCAGAAGGAUGAGAAUGAUGUAUUCUUGUUGAUGAAUUUGAGAAAUAAUGUCGACUCGGUGUUCAUUCCACAACGACAACAACAGCAGCCGCAAACAAGCAGUAAUGACAAUGACAGCUUUCCAGAUGAGUCGCUCAGUCAACCCUGUGAAAUCUCAAACGUUGAGAUGUCUACAAUUGCAGACAACCUCCAAACAACAACAAGCAUUGAGUUGAACGCAAAGAAAGAGAAUGAUCUCUCUAUUUCAUCCUCUUCUCUCUCUUCCUUGGCUCCAUUUUCCCCAACGGUUUUGGAUAUUGCGAGCUCUUCUGUCCAAAAACAGAAAUCUUCUCUGGAUAAGGUUGAGGGUGUUUGCAUUCAUAGGAACCCAAACAACAACUCGUCGGAAAUGAGCAAGUACCAAACAAGAAAAAUGUUGUUCCGUUCUUCCCAUAUGCUCUACAAGUCUUCCAAUCAAAGAUCCAUUGAACCACAUGUUGUAGAAGAAGAUCAACAAGAACAAACAACAACAAGAACAAACAACAAGAACUAUCUUGAGCAUUCUGAUCUCUCAGCUGCAGCGGCAUCUACCAUUCACCUCCUUCCCUCGCAUGUCCUUUCCCAAGAAGCACGCUCAUCUCUUUUGCCGACCACAUCACGUGAUGCUGAUGAUGAGAAGUCAUCCAAAACAAAAGUGCUUUUUCCUCAAAAAAAUAUUAGCCGACUGGUAUCAACUUCUGAGAAGACUGUUUGUGGCAGUACUAGUAACAUCAGCAUCAGCAGCAGUAGUAGUAGUGAUCCGACCAGACAUGCAUGUAAGAGUCAGUGCAGCCCUAGCCGCACACAAGAUAGAAUGUCCUAUUUGACUCCUCAAAAAGUUGCUAAAAGUGGAAAUACCCACACAUUGCAAACAACAACAACAACCAAUGAACCCAUGCAUCCAUUACAUACUCCUCCUCCUUCUUCAAUGAAUCCUCAUAAUUAUUGGCAUUCAGUACCUCCUCCACCACCACCUUCUUCACAUUAUUACUAUUAUGGUUAUUCAAACUCCCAACAUCACACUCCUCCUCAACAUGUGCAUGAUGAGAGAUCCAACAUGUCAUUGCCACCGCCCUCAUCGUAUCCACCACCCUAUGGUUACACUUCUUAUUUGUAUCCUCCUUCAUCCACUCAUCAUCAUUCAUAUCCACAACCACCAUACAUGCCUAAAGAAACCAUUCCAACCUCGUCAUUAUCAUCUUAUGGCAUGCAAUCUCACAUGCACGCUGCUGAAGAGCGACAUGUAGAUGACCAUGAUGAAAACAACAACAAGAAUGACCACAACAUCACGACGAAGAAGACGCUUCUUCCACCAUUGAGUUCCAUGAUCGACCAUGACGAUGUGAAUGCUUUAAAAGGAGGUCAGAUUUUAAAACCUUCUUCGAAUGUGCAUGACGAACAUGACAACAAGAUACAUCACGUCCAUGAUCAUCAUUCACAACGAGACGACUCAGAGGAGCAUGCACUUCGACAAACGAGUAACAUGCAUCGUGAUUUCUCUUCUUCGACAAACAAGGACCAUGCAUCUUCUUCAUCAACAUCCAUCGAAAAGAAGCAUCAAACUUCAACAUGUUCCAAUGAAUUAGUACCUUUUCAGCAUCAUCCUGUGGAUUUGACAACUACAAGUAGUAAUCCUUCGUCACAUACUCAACAACAUGUCUCACAUGCAUUUCCUCCUCCACCUUAUUAUGACUCUCAUUAUGCACCACAUCCUCCUCAUUCCUAUCCUUAUCAUCAUUCAACUCCAUAUCCUCCUUCAUAUCCACCUUAUCAUCAUUCACCUUAUUAUGCAUCAGGGACAACACCAGGUCAGUAUCUUCCUCCUCCAACUUCUCAUUAUUAUCAUCCACAUGAUGGUUCUAGAUAUGCCUAUCCUCCAUUGUAUCCAUCAUCAUCUCAUCAUCAUCCUCAUGGAUAUCCACCUCCUCCACCUCCAACUUCACAUUAUUUUUCACAUGUACCUCCUCCACCUCCUCCAUCACUUGCAUCCUCAUCUCAUCAUGCUUCUGAAUCAGUUAGUAAGGAAAUAUCAACAACCAUGGCUGAACAUGGAAAUAUCAAUGAAACAAUGAUUACGACUUUGAAUGAACAUGUAAGCUUUGGAAAACACACGACGAGUGAAGUCAAUCACUCGACCUUUGAAGCAAUUCACAACAAUGAGAAGAAGACCAAUUCAAAGAAUAGUCAAUUAUCCAUUACGUCUUCAACCAAUUCGAGUGGAACCACUCUUUCAUCUUCAUCGACAUCUCCGAUAAGAGCAAAUGUAGAAUCCGCUUUUCCAACUAGUAGUCAGUCCAAUACUUUGACAUCUUCCACCACGGCAUUGUCACGUUCCUCUUCAUUGAACACUCCCUCGACAUUGUCAUUACCAUCAUCUCAACAACCUUAUCAAUCAACCACUCCUCCCAAUGGACGAAAGAAAUUCCCAUCCGCUCUCUUCAUUGAUCCCAAUGUGGAUCCAACUGUUGCUGGAAAGAGAGCCUAUGAAGAAUAUCUUGCCAAUGAGGAACGAAAGAAACGUAAGAAACGAGCAGAACGUGAAGAGAAACGUCUCAAAUAUAAUUUAGAAAGAAAUAAUAUCAUUUUACCAAAACAAGUCGAAACGAAUAUUCAACAAUUUGAAAAUAAGAGAUUUGAAUCAUUACUUGAUCCGUGUCCCACAAAAAACGAAAUUUUGGAAUUAAUAACUGGUUUGAAGGAGAAUUCUGAAUAUCGACUUGGAGAAAAGCUUCCAACACAAACGUUACGAAUUAAUUGUGAAAAUUUCAGAAUGCAUCGAUUUGGAAAGUUAUCCGUGUGUUUAUUGGGACGAGGAACGAAAAUUGACAAUAACAAGAGACGUUAUAUUUGUGACUUGAUGGAUAUAACUGUCACAUUAAGCACCUCCGCUCAUGGAAUUGUCAACGUCAAAGAGCUUGUUUUAAACACACCAAGUCACAAGCAUGGAAAAAUGCUCUAUCUUCGAUAUUCACUCAUUGUAGACGAUAAGGUUGUUUCCUCUGUGGAUUCUCUUGGUUUUACCACCAUUACUCAACGAGGUAUUCAGAAACGAAAUCAAAAAAUGAUGGAAAGGAAUUUGAAAAUGCAAAAACAAGAAUCGUCGUCGUCGUUACAACAAGAGGAGGAGGAUGAAGAGGAUGAAGAGAAUGAAGAGUAA